AUGAAAGCUUUUAUUGCUGUCUGCUUUCUUUUUGCCUAUGUGUACUCUAUACCAACAUUUGAUGCGACAUUAGAUUCAACAUGGGCCUUAUUUAAGAAUACAUAUCAAAAACGUUAUGCAUCAAACGCAGAAGAAUCAACACGUCGAGCAAUUUGGGAAGAUCAUGUUGCUCUUAUUAAAAAACAUAAUCUUGAAGCUGAUCUGGGUUUACAUACUUAUACAUUAGGAAUGAAUAAAUAUGGUGAUAUGACCAAUAGAGAAUUUGUCAAACAAAUGAAUGGUCUUAGAGUUGGUUCAAAUGUUAGUUUUUCUGGUACUUGUGAUCAAUAUGUUGCUCCACGAAACUUGAAAAGACCAGAUGCUGUUGAUUGGCGUACAAAAGGCUACGUAACACCAGUAAAAGAUCAAGGUCAAUGUGGAUCAUGUUGGGCUUUUUCAACAACUGGUGCACUCGAAGGACAACACUUUGCCAAAACAAAGCAACUUGUUUCACUUUCUGAACAGAAUUUAGUUGAUUGUUCAACUGAUUAUGGUAAUUAUGGAUGUGAUGGUGGUUUAAUGGACAAUGCCUUCAAAUACAUCAAAGAAAACCAUGGUAUUGACACCGAAUCAAGCUAUCCAUAUGAAGCCGAGGAUGAUACAUGCCGAUUCAAUACUAAAAACGUUGGUGCCACAGAUACUGGCUGUAAAGAUAUUAAACAAUACAGUGAAGAUGAUUUACAAGAUGCAAUUGCCACAGUGGGUCCAAUUUCAGUCGCUAUUGAUGCUUCAGCCGACUCAUUUCAAAUGUAUAAAUCGGGUGUUUACAAUGAAAAAUCAUGCUCAUCUGAAGAUCUUGAUCACGGCGUUUUAGCUGUUGGCUAUGGUACCAAAAACGGACACGAUUACUAUAUCGUCAAAAAUUCCUGGGGUACCUCAUGGGGUAUGAAAGGUUAUAUUUGGAUGAGUCGUAACAAAAAGAAUCAAUGUGGUAUUGCUACAUUGGCUAGUUAUCCAACUGUUUAA